AUGUCCGACCUCAAUCUAAACGGUAUCCUUGUCGCCCUCGUAACCCCCUUCACUGACGACAAAACCGCCAUCGACGAAGCCAGACUAGAAUUACAUAUCAAGCACAUGCUCGACGCCGGGAUCCACGGCCUCGUCCCCGGUGGCUCCACCGGCGAAUUCACGACCCUCUCGCUCUCCGAACGCAAGCAGCUCACCGAACUCUGCGUCCGGUUCGCUGGCGGCCGCGUCCCUGUGGUCGCAGGGACAGGCGCAACCUCGACUUCUGAAGCAGUCGAGCUCGCCGUGCACGCGAAAGAGGUCGGCGCGGCGGCGGUGAUGGUAGUGCCGCCGUUCUAUGACCCCGUUAACCUGCAGCAACUCACUGAGUUGCUUGCCGAGAUUCAUGAGAAGAGCACUCUACCUAUCAUGUACUAUAAUAUUCCCUCCGCAUCGGGGCUUAAGUUGUCGCCCUCUGAGAUUGCCGGUCUGAGUAGGGUCGGGGUCAGGUGGCUCAAAGAUACGUCUGGUGAUGCGCCAGCAUUCACAGAGCUGGUCUUCGGACUCUCUGACCAGAUCACUGCGCUGAACGGCUGGGAUACGCUUACAUUCUAUGGGCUCGCCGCUGGUUGUCCGGGUGGUGUGUGGGGUGCUGCGAAUAUCAUCCCGGAGCUGGCGGUGGAAUUGUACGAGGCAGUUUCUAUAAAGAAGGAUCUAGAUAAAGGGAAGGAGCUCUGGAGCAAGGCCUGGCCGAUCUGCAAGUUUCUCGAGUCGCAUAACUAUGCCGCUGCAGUGAAGACAGGUGUUGAGCUGACGGGGCAGGCGACUGGGGGACUCCGCAAACCGUUUGCGCUGCUGGGUCCAGAGUUGCAGGAGGAGUUGAAGGGGUUGCUAAAGAAUGCUGGCGUAGCUACGGUCUAG